GGACCAGACCGGGUCGGGCAGGGAAGGCAGUGGCGGAGGCGGGCGGGAUGGGUCCUCGCCGCCGGUUUCGCUGAGACACGCUCGCGUCGGCUGCCCACGGCGGCAUGAAGGGUGCUCUGGGGAGCCCCGUGGCCGCGGCCGCCGCUGGCGCCGCGAUGCAGGAGAGUUUCGGCUGCGUCGUGGCCAACCGCUUCCACCAGCUGCUGGACGACGAGUCGGACCCGUUCGACAUCCUGCGCGAGGCCGAGCGCCGGCGCCAGCAGCAGCUGCAGCGCAAGAGACGCGAUGAGGCGGCGGCGGCGGCAGGAGCCAGCAGCCGCGGCGGCAGAAGCCCAGCCGGGGCCUCUGGGCAUAGACCCGGCGCAGGCGGCUGCCGGAGGGAGUCCCAGAAGGAGCGCAAGAGCCUCCCGGCCCCGGGCGCGCAGCAGCCGGACAGCCCCGGGGGUGGCCCACAGCCGCCCGGCCAGAAGCGAACUCCCAGAAGAGGGGAGCAGCAAGGAUGGAAUGAUAGCCGGGGCACAGAGGUGACGCUUGAUAGAGCCGAGCGGCGAUCCUACAGGGAAUAUCGACCCUAUGAGACCGAGAGGCAGGCGGACUUUACAGCUGAGAAGUUCACAGAUGAAAAACCAGCUGAUAGGUUUGAUCGAGAUAGACCACUGAGAGGACGUGGAGGCCCGAGAGGGGGGAUGCGAAGCAGAGGCAGAGGUGGUCCCGGCAGCAGAACUUUUGACACUUUUGACCAGAGAGGGAAACGAGACUUUGAAAGAUAUGGUGGGAGUGAUAAAAUAGCAACCAGAACCGAAGACAACAUGGCUGGAUGUGGAGUUCACACCUGGGGAUCAGGUAAAGAUACCAGUGAUGUGGAGCCAGCAGCACCCAUGGACGAGUCCACAGUGAUGGAGGAGUCCCAGGCCACCCUGGAAGAGGAAUCUCCAGUCAAAGUUCCUGAGUUGGAGGUAGAAGAAGAAACUCAAGUUCAAGAGAUGACCUUAGAUGAGUGGAAAAAUCUUCAAGAACAGACCAGACCAAAGCCUGAGUUUAACAUCCGGAAACCAGAAUCUACAGUUCCUUCCAAAGCAGUGGUGAUUCACAAGUCAAAAUAUAGAGAUGAUAUGGUAAAGGAUGACUAUGAAGAUGAUUCCCAUGUCUUCCGGAAAGCCACCAAUGACAUCACAUCCCAGCUGGAGAUUAAUUUUGGUAACCUCCCUCGACCUGGACGGGGAACCAGAGGUGGCACUCGGGGAGGCCGGGGAAGAAUCAGGAGGGCAGAGAACUAUGGACCCAGAGUGGAAGCAGUGAUACAAGAUGUUGCUCCCAACCCAGAUGACCCUGAAGACUUUCCUGCUCUGGCUUGAAAGAGCAGAGCCCUGUUUCCCUGGCAUCCUUGAGCAGGGUAGCUACCUACAAAGAGACUUUUCUUGCUGUGGGAAGAGAGUCAGACUCUAAGAACAAUAGAUGUUGCUUUUCCCCUGU